GUAAAUAAACUAUGUUCUAUAAACUGAAAAUAGCUUAAUUUAUAAUGAAAUUCAUUUUUUUUUAUAGGUUGCAUAACACACUUUCGUUUACUGUUCUAUUAUCCUGAUCCUGUAGGUGUGUGCUAGAGGAAUGUAACAUGGUCUUGUUAGAAGACAGCAGUGUUUACUUUUGGACAAAUCAUCUCAGCUUGCAAAGUUUCUCAGACAUACAGUAUACCAUCCUAGCAUAACAAAUCGAGAAGACCUACAGAACGGAUUUCAUUAAGCACUAGUUUCAGAUUAAGUUAAAAGAGCAAAAUCUACUUCAGUGGGGGGAAAAGGACCUUCGUGCACCACGAUGGAUCAUAACAGCAAGCUUUCUCUGUUAAUUCGGCUUGGUUGAAAGUCAGCAUUUAGAGUCACCAAAGGGCUAGUCAACGAACAAGCAACCUGGUGGAUUGGUGUAUACAUUAUGGAUGUGUUGGUGCUUGGCUUCUGCUUGGUGCUAGGACUGCUACACACUACGGAGGGAAAGAUUCUCAGACCAGGCAGAGUUCCCCCACAUAUUGUUUUCGUGAUGGUGGAUGACCAAGGCUUCAAUGACAUCGGGUACCAUGGCUCAGAGAUCCACACGCCCGUGUUGGACCAACUGGCUGGCGAAGGGGUGAAGCUGGAAAACUACUAUGUUCAGCCCAUCUGUUCCCCCUCACGAAGCCAGCUUAUGACUGGACGGUAUCAGAUUCACACUGGGCUUCAACACUCGAUCAUCCGUGCACGCCAGCCCCUCUGCCUGCCCCCUGACAUACCAACGCUCCCUGAGAGGCUCCAGCAGGCUGGCUACAGCACCCACAUGGUAGGGAAAUGGCACCUGGGUUUCUGCCGGCCCGAGUGUCUGCCAACAAGCCGUGGAUUUCAAAGCUUCCUUGGAUCACUGACGGGCAGCGGAGACCAUUUUAACUUCCAAAGCUGUGACGGUACAGAGGCCUGUGGGUUCGAUCUGCACGAUGGAGACCGGCCAGCCUGGGAACUGAGUGGAAAUUACUCAACAAGGCUUUACACGGAGAGAGUGAAAGAAAUCCUGAGACAUCAUGACCAGCGGAAGCCCCUGUUUCUAUAUGUGGCCCUUCAGGCCGUGCACACACCGUUACAAGCUCCUGGGCAUCUUCUCAGACGCUACCAGACCCUUGGCAACAGACUUCGGCGCCACUAUGCUGCAAUGGUGAGCGGCGUAGAUGAGUCAGUAGGGGAGAUUGUCAGUGAGCUGCGGGGGCGAGGCUACUACAACAACUCUGUGCUCAUCUACUCUUCAGACAACGGGGGCCAACCUCUCUCAGGGGGUUGUAAUUGGCCCCUGCGUGGUGGCAAAGGCUCCUACUGGGAAGGCGGAGUUCGAGCAGUUGGCUUUGUACACAGCCCACUUUUGAAAAGGAAGGGGGUGGUGAGUCAGGCUCUGAUUCAUGUUUCCGAUUGGUACCCAACCUUGCUGUCUCUUGCAGGAGACAGAGAGUCUGAUUCCAGCCACCUGGACGGCCAAGAUGUUUGGGGCGCUGUAAGUAGUGGCCUACCCUGUCCACGAACUGAAAUCCUCUUCAACAUUGACCCAGUGUCACGCAGACAUGGAGAAGUUGACCCGAGACUCCUAACUCUUAAUGGUUUUGGGAUCUGGGAUACAGGAGUGCGUGCAGCCAUUCGAGUUGGUGACUGGAAACUUCUGACAGGAAACGUAGGCGAUGGAGACUGGUUCCCUCCACAGACGAUGCCAGGAGGUCCGCAACAGUGGCAGGGCAUGGAAAAGAGACGAGACCAGCGGGGGAAGUCUGUCUAUCUUUUCAACGUCACUGCUGAUCCCUACGAGAGGGCAGAUUUGGCAGAGGCACGGCCUGAGGUGGUCAAAAUGCUCUUGACCCGGCUUGCCGAGUACAACCGGACUGCUGUCUCCCCACGCAAUCCACCAGACGACCCGAUGGCGGACCCGCAACUUCAUGGAGGGGUGUGGACUCCUUGGCUAGGACAGGAAGACGCAGGAGACGAAGGGUAUGAUGAGGAACCUGACAGCAUAAACAGAAAGGCCAGAUCCAAGAGUACCUGUAAAGUCUGCAAACUCAGGGCCUUAUUUAAAAAGGUUGGUACCCGUAUGCAAAGGGCCACUUUGUUCUUGUAGUCAAGAGGUAGUUGUGGACAGGAUCCACAAAGCUAUUUUAUUCUGGCAGUCCAUUUAACUCAUCUUUGCAAGAUAAUUUGUGGCACACUGGCUGUGUAAUAUGUGCAGCGAUGUUGACAUCAGGAACUCUUGAUGUCCUGCCUGCAUUGUGAACUAAAAAUUUUACAACUAAGUUCCCAUCUGUAGGAUGCAAUGGAUUUUACUGUAAAGUUCAGAUCAUCUACUGUUAAUGGGGUCCAGACAAGAGCAGAAUGA